UAAUUACCGUUACACAGCAGACUAGACCAUGCUUUCGUGACAAACGACCUACAAAAGGUGGUAAAAAAAUUAUUCGAAUUGGCUACUAUUGAAACAACAAUAGACAGGCUUACUACAUAUUUGGAGGUCAGAAAAAUUGUCAGUAGGACUCUUGAUGUCAUUACACUUAUCAACAAACGUGUAGGGUUCUAGAUUACACCGGAAAUAAAGUUACCAUGAUGUUAUCGGUGAUAGAGAUGUGUAAUUUGAAAUUCAAUCGGAUAUUUUCUCCUUAUCUUGAAUCAUCUUUCAUAUCGAUUGUAUACGUACCAGUAACUAUAGUUACCCAAUGAUUGCACUGUCGUCAGGACUACCUAGCAACCCAAGAUUCUUCCGAUGUUUAUUACCUUUAUUUACACCGUGCAUUAAUUGAGCUUGUUAAACAACACGUUAUCAACUAUUAAAACGUGAAAAGUUCCAAUUUGAAGCUGCAUCAUUUAAUAAUCUUUGGCGGAAAUACCAUUCGAGAGAUAUGAGCUCCACGUAUAAGAAACAAAUCAACAGUGGUACACGCAAGAAGACUACACCAAAAUUCGAACUGACCGAAGAACAAAAAGCUGAUAUCAAAGAGGCAUUUGAUCUAUUUGAUCCUGAUGGCACGGGAAAGAUUGCUACUAAAGAAUUAAAAGUGGCGAUUAGAGCCUUGGGUUUUGAGCCCAAGAAAGAAGAGAUUAAAAAAUUGAUAGCUGAUGUCGACCCGGAUGGUCUUGGAAAAUUAUCAUUUGAAGAAUUUUUAAACCUCAUGUCAGUGAAAAUGGCAGAGAAGGAUUCCAAAGAGGAAAUAUUGAAGGCUUUUCGUUUAUUUGAUGAUGAUGAUACAGGUAAAAUAUCAUUCAGAAAUUUGAAAAGAGUUGCACGAGAGCUUGGAGAGAAUUUGACAGAUGAAGAACUCCAAGAAAUGAUAGAUGAGGCGGAUCGGGAUGGAGAUGGAGAAAUAUCACAAGAAGAAUUUCUGCGUAUAAUGAAAAAGACCUGUUUAUAUUAAAGAUUUCCUUCAGCUUUUAAGCUCGCAUUUUGUAUUAUUAAGUUAUUACGACAGGUACUAAUCAGACAUUAAACCAUAUAGCGUUAAGUUGCCCAAGUUAGACUAUCAAGUCUUUUCUACUGCUAUUACAGCAACUUCAAAUUAUUUUCUCUGUUGUAUAAGACCAUAUGCUCAAAAAGCGGCUUCAUGUCUGAGAAUAAACUUACAUCGCCCCAACAUGUAAUAUUAGAUAAUAAGAUCAAAACCCUCUAAUAGAUUAUUGAUGUAAAUUUUUUUAUCGGAUCAAAAUGGCAUUUUCUGAGUAUUCAGGAAAAUCAAUCAAUAUUUAUUAUCAGGAACAAAAUUCUAUCUGUUUUUGAAAUUUCCUGUUCUUGCAUCAAAGGUAGCUGUAUAGUGGAAAAUAGUACAACUAAUUGAGUGAAAA